AAUGAAACUAGAAUCUAGAUCUAGAUCUAGGACUAUGUUAUUACUAUGACACUAUGUUAUUGUUACUAGAGUCUAGAUCUAGUUAGAUUCUAGAUCUAUAGAAUAGAGUCUAAAUCUCGUUAAUCUAGAUCUAUACUAACCUUUUCAGUAUAGAGUAUAGCUAUAUAGAGUAAUAUUACUAAUAUAUUAUAGUCUAGAGUAGAGUAGUAGUAAUACUUGAGCUGUGAAAAUGACAGAGAAAAAAAUUUCACAAUUGGAAAUAUUCCUAGAAAGCCAAGAAAAACUAAAUAAUGAGCAUCUUAUUAAAGCGUUAAAAUCAAUCUAUUCAUCUACUCCCUUUGAUGACUUUUGGAAUGAAUUUAGAAAACUAAUUCUGUCUCCACUUUCUGUUUUUAAUCGUGAGCCUGCAGUUGAGAAGGUUAUAGAUUUCAUUGCUAAAUUUGUCAUCAGUUUGGCCUUGGAGCUGAAGAUUUCCAGGCAAAAGCGAGUUUCAGAAAACAAUGAGGAAGAGGAUGACAGUAUGCAUCCCUUGUUGAUGAAACUGUUUUAUUUUCUCCUUGAUAUUCACAGAUCUAAAGAGAAAGCUGUUAGAUUCAGAACUUGUCAGCUUGUUUCUAAACUGUUGAUCAAUCUAGAAGAAGAUGCUCAAAUUGAAGAUGACCUUUUCGAUCGCAUUUACCAGUGUAUGAUUGAGCGCCUGCGAGACAAAGUUCCUAUUGUUCGUGUUCAUGCUGUGCUGGCCUUGAAGCGACUACAGACUCCAUUAGAUGAAACAUGUCCUAUCACUAAAGCAUUCAUUAUCCUGAUGUCAAGAGAUGCCAUGUAUGAGGUUAGGAACAUUGUCUUGACAUCAAUUGCUGUGUCAAAGCUAACCCUACCUGCAAUCAUUGAGAGAACCUAUGAUGUUCAUGAGAAAGUCAGAAAGACGGCAUACACAGUCAUUGCAGAGAAAAUUCCUGUCAAAGCUUUAACCAUAGAACAGAGGGUGCAGCUACUUCAGAACGGACUUAAUGAUAGAUCAGAUAUUGUGAAAGCAGCAUGUGCCAAGCAAUUAUUGCAGUCUUGGCUCUGUGCAUUCCAAGGAAACAUCCUAGAACUUUUGUCGCUUCUUGAUGUUCAAAGCUCAGUUGCUAUUUGUGAAACAGCUCUUACUACUCUCUUCAAAAGUUCUAGUAUUCUUAAUCUAGUUCAAAAGUUUGACAUUCUUAAUGAGAAGGCUAUGAUUGAUAGAGAAAAACUCUCAUGUGAAAGUUCUUUCUACUGGCGCAAUUUAUUGCAAUUUAUUUAUAACGCUGGUCUUCAGUUUGAAGAGCAGUUGGAUCAACUUAGGCCUGUUUGUGUGGAGUUUUGUGCUUAUGUUCAAAGUUUUGCUGCAGAGAUGACCAAAUGUAAUGAUGUUGACCAGCUACUUGACUUGGAGUUUGUACUACAGCAGCUCCUUCAAAUCAUUUCAGUCAUGGAUUUAUCAGAUCAGGCUAGCAGAAAAGAGAUGGAUAAAAUGUUACACAAUUUGUUGGUAUCAGAUAGCGUUGGGCCAUCUCUAAUUCCUCACAUUCUGACUAGCUUGAAAUUAGUCUACAAUGAUACUGAUAAUCUUAUCAAGUAUAUCGCUGAAACUGUUUCAGAGAUUCGUGAACCUAUAACAUCUGUUGAGACUCAGAUCAGUGCUGAGGAGCGCAGGCAGCUAGACAAAAAGGUUGCAAGCAUCAGAGUGAAGCUGCAUCAAUUGAGAGAAGAACUUUCAUUCUGUAUUGAGAAACAAGAGUUUGAAAAAGCUGCACAGAUCAAGAGUGACAUUGCCAAUUUGGAUUCUGAGCGUUCCACAUUACUUGGGGAAACAGAAGCUAGAGUUGAGGAAGUUAGAAUUCAAAAAAAUGACUACUUCACAGUGUUGAAGUGCUUGACUAUUGUAUGUGAAGUAUUGAUCGCACUGAAAGUCAAAACUUUUUCUCCAUCACUUCAAGCCUUAAUGGACAGUCAAAUUUUACCAGGGAUGACCAACCUGGAGGCAGACAUUAGAAAUGCUGGAGUAAAGGCUAUUGGUCUCUGCUGUCUUGUUACUAAAGAUAUUGUCAUGCAACAUUUGCCAGUUCUAAUGCAGGCCUCUCAAGUGGAUUCUAUGCAAGUAAGAGCAACAGCCUUGAAGGUCUUAUUUGACAUUUUUCAUGUGUAUGGGUCCAGUGCUUUCAGUGUCAGUAGUGAAAGCUCCAGAAAUUUAAGUUCAAACUCUAUUAUUGAUGACAGCCAGAAUCAAGAGGAAGAUGAGACUUCUCCAGGCCAGGCAACUGAGGAAAAAUCUCAAGAAGAUUGUGCCACAAAGAUCCUAGCACUGCUGAGCUCUAACUUAGACAGUGAGAAUCCUGAUCUUCGCUACAUAGCAGCUGAAGGGAUAUGCAAACUGUUACAAGUGGACAGGAUUGUAUCCUCCAAGCUAAUAUCACACUUAGUGCUGUUAUGGUACAAUCCUUUAAUUGAAGAGGAUGUUGCCUUGAUUCAGAUCUUAGGAACAUUUUUCACUAUGUAUGCAUUUUCUAACAGUGCUCACCAAGUAGUCAUUGAAGAAGCUUUCAUUCCUACUCUUCUGACAGUGCUGCAUGCACCUCGUACUUCACCACUCUCUGAGAUUAAUGAAGUCAAUCUGGCAAACUUUCUGAUUGAGAUAAUAGAUUCUUGGCAUCUGACUGGAAACAAGAACUUGGGUGUUAAUAGAGAUAAUCCAUGUCAUGACAGCUUAGCAGUCAAGCUUUGCAACAGAAUAUUAUCUGAUACUGACUCUUUUGAUAACAAACUGUGGCUCCAUGCCUUGACACAACUCAACAUCAGCCCUGACAAUAUUCCACUGAUUGAAAACCUUCUGGUAAUGACAGAAGAUAUGAACCAGGCAAUUUAUGAAAAGAGUUGCUGUAAGCUGAUUGCAAAGUUGAAGUCCAUGUUGACAUUUCUUCUGGAUGAAAACCAAAAAGAGAAGUGCAGUACUGAGUCUAGUGAAACAGUAGAAGCAAGGAGGGAUGUAGAUAUAUUGGCUGAAGAAACAACUAAUGAUGCUUUUGAAAAUCUGAAUCAAACAGUCAACAGACGAUAUAAAAAGCAAACUAAAACACCCAGCACAAAGGCCAAAGCUAGAUCAGCAGCACAGAGUGAACUUGAUGACUCUGUCUUCACUCCAAUGAGACCUCAAUUGGCAAGCACAGACAUAGAGAAUACCAGGGUCAAUUUGGAAAACCUAUUUUUAACCAAGACACCUGCUGGAAAAACACCUAAAAGACAUUUGUUCAGUGCUCAAGAAAGUAAACUACCAGGUUCCUUAAAAGAGAACUAAAGCAGGAGACUGAUUUCAGGAGGAUUUUUUUUUUUUCAAAUGAAUUUAAUAAAAAUAAAAAUUUUAUUUGAACAAAUGUGUUCAUUCCUGCAUCAACUACUGCUACUCUUCCUAUGAAAGUGACAAAGGAAUCUUGCUGCACCUAUACUUUUAAAAUAGAAUGUGUCAAUGUCUUUCAGUCUGAAAAUGAAUAGAAUGUGAGUUGUAGUUGGCUGUCCCACAAAUGGUCCAACCAUAAAUACAUUUUAUUAUAUUUUUUUUUUUUUUGUUUUUUUCAUGAGGAUGUUUUGGAAACAGCACAAAAAAUAAAUAUUGACUUAGUCUGGCA